UAUGGUUAGUCAACUCAUGAAUAAAUAUUAUCAAAUGGUAAGAUGACUGUACAGGCUUGAACGUGUGCAUAUUUUGUACAUUCGAACAGCAGAGCUGGACAUGAGCCACUGCUACAUUAAUCGUGACCAGCAUGUGCACGGUUAACCAAACUGAUGUACUCGUUGUUGGAGCAAAGCUAGACCACGCACCUUUCCACUGUGGCAACUCAAGCGAUUAAAAUUUAGCCUACAAACUGUGCCUAGAAUAAGGACCUUCUGUUCCAACACUCGCUAGCAGAGUCACUCACGCUAGUUUAUACAAAAGUGCAAAAAGAUCACACUGGUAAGGCCAUCAUUAUUAAAAAAUGCAAAAAAAGAAAAAACUGGGAAGGGCAUCACAAUCUCUGGGUAAACAGUCUGUACGUCUCCCGCUCUCUCUCUCUCUCUCUCUCUCUCUUACAUGCACUCCCACACACGUUGACGCUUAUCCUGAUCAAAUACAAAUUACAUGUUAAUGCUCCAAAGCAUAGACUAGUCAAGGAAAACUGCAUAAAGUCCGUGAAACAUAUAAAUUUGGUUUCAGAUGACAUCAAACGAAUAUAAAUAUUCAUUAACAUUUUCUUAAGCCAAAGGUGCUCAAGAAGAGUUGCAUGGUUUUGGUUACUGCCGCAUAUCGGAGUACUAUGUAUUUAAAAAAUUGUUUAUCUGGAGAGGCCGGAAUACUAUGAAACAAAAAAAAAAUCAAAACUAAAUCUAGAAGGCAAGUGUUGUACAGUUUAAGAAUGUUUUGACUGCUGCACAUGAAUAUUCUAAGUGUGAACUGAAAGUGACAUCCCUUCAUGGUACUCAGCUUGUCUUUGUUGAGAUACUAAUACAGCAUUAAAUUAAUCAUGACAGCUGCCUGAAAGGGACUGGCAUGCCUUCAUGCUACUCAGCAUGUCUUAGUUGAGAUACUAAUCCAGCAUUAAAUUAAUCAUGACAGCUUUCAAACAGAGAAGGAACUAAACCGAAUUAUUAGAAGGAAGACCAAAAUCCUUCGGACCUGUGGCCUGUGGACCUCAGCCAGCCGCUCCAGGUAGCUCAAGUCUCGUAUAUAAAUACACAUGGUGUGUACAUAGUACACUGCAUCACAACAUCUGAAGUGCACAUCUCUUGGUCAUUGUCUCCACCUUAGCAGCUUCAUUCCAAGAAGCCAUUCACUAGCUCACUGCACAAGCCAGUUGCAGAAGUAUUCAUACCUUUGUGAGAGAUAUGGAGAGCAGAAAUGACGUCAAAUCAGAUGAGAUCCUCCUGCCCGGGUUUCGGUUCCAUCCUACCGACGAAGAGCUGGUUAGUUUCUACCUCAAGAAAAAGAUCCAGCAGAAGCCCAUCUCCAUUGAGCUCAUCAGGCAGCUGGACAUCUACAAAUUUGAUCCAUGGGACCUCCCAAAGCUUGCAAGCACCAGAGGUGAGACGGACUGGUACUUCUACUGCCCAAGAGACCGCAAAUAUCGCAAUAGCGUGAGGCCAAACCGGGUCACAGCAGCUGGGUUCUGGAAAGCCACGGGAACAGAUAGGCCGAUUUACUCCUCCGAGGACACCAGGUGCAUAGGUCUGAAGAAGUCCCUUGUCUUCUACAAAGGCAGAGCAGCAAGAGGGAUCAAAACCGACUGGAUGAUGCACGAGUUCAGGCUCCCUUCGCUCGCCGAUACAUCACUUCCCAAGAGUAGGCCGAUCGACAAGAACAUCGCGCUCAACGACUCUUGGACCAUAUGCAGAAUCUUCAAGAAGACUAGUUCGACGGUGGCGCAACGAGCGCUGUCUCAUGCUUGGGGGGCUCCAUCGCCUGGGGCAACUGAGCAACAUCUCCUCUCCGCCAUGCAACCGAUGCAAACUUCACAUUUUGCUUUGGAGAGCUCCACCUGCUCAUUGCAAGUUGCAGCAGUGGCACCAUCAAAUCAGUUCAUAAGCUUCAACGGUGGUCCAUCUCCACAAGUCCUCAAAGGUCCCACUCCCACCAUCUUGCCAUUCCAAACACCACUGCCAUCACACAAGCCCGUGCUGCGCACUACGCCGCCACCGUUCUUCUUCGACGCACACUUUGGGCAGCCUGAGCAGAUCACUGGAUUUGUGACUGGUUCUUCUGCAGAUGUGAAUGCUGGCAUGAGCUGCAGGGACCAAGAGUCAUCCACAACGAAGCAUGGCGGCAAUUUCAGGAGCUUGAACAAUGAACGGGAGGCUCCGGGGAGACUUGACUUCCCAUUCGAUUUAGUAGCAGACUCUUCGAAUGACUGGGAGUGCAACAUACCUUGGGAAUCCUUUCUUAGCCCAACACUCCCUGCUGAGAUCUCACAGCACUAGAUGCCUAGCUUGCCCUAUACGGAGUGGGAGGUGUGCGCCACCUUCACCUGUUAGCAUUUCUGUUAGCAAAGGCACCAGCCAUUUGUUCAGUUUUGGAU